GUUAAUUCAUCUACUUACACUAUUUACAUGGGAAAGGACAAAUAUGAAAAUGAAGAUCUGAUAAAGUAUGGCUGGCCUGAAGAUGUUUGCAUUCCAUUUAAGAGACCUUGAAGAAAAGAACAGAAUCUAAUAGCCACUCUUGCUGUGUAGGAAGAGCCGUUAUUAAUAAAGAGCUGUCACUAAGCAAGCAGGAGCCAAGAUGGCAGGUGCACCCUUUCAGCUGAGGUUUCACGUGGACAAACUUUCUUCGGCUCAUGUGUACCUACGAUUACAAAAGGGAGAGAAGAUAGAAGACAUUCCAAAGGAGGUUCUGAUGGACUGUGCCCACCUUGUGAAGGCCAAUAGCAUUCAAGGCUGCAAGAUGAACAACGUUAAUGUGGUUUACACGCCAUGGUCUAACCUGAAGAAGACAGCUGACAUGGAUGUGGGGCAGAUAGGCUUUCACAGGCAGAAGGAUGUAAAGAUUGUGACAGUGGAGAAGAAAGUGAAUGAAAUCUUGAACCGAUUAGAAAAGACCAAGUUGGAGAAGUUUCCGGACCUAGCAGCAGAGAAAGAAGGCAGAGACCGCGAAGAGAGGAAUGAGAAGAAAGCCCAGAUUCAGGAAAUGAAAAGGAAAGAGAAAGAAGAAAUGAAGAAGAAAAGGGAAAUGGAUGAGCUUAGGAGCUACUCAUCACUAAUGAAGGUUGAGAAUAUGUCCUCAAAUCAAGAUGGUAACGAUUCUGACGAGUUCAUGUGAACUGAGCAAAGGACCCUGGGAAGACACGAGUGUGCAGACCACUACAGAGCUUCUGAUCUCAUCUGGGUUCUGAGUACAGAGACCAAGCAGCCAGCCACACUCUACCUUCAUUCUACAUGGACAUCAUUGUGUUUGGAGUUAAAAACAGUCAUCUUUCUGCUGAUGAAAAGAACAGAUGUAUAAUAUAGUUGAACUUGAAGAAAGUUUAGGAAAAGGAGACUAUUUUUGGCAGAACAUACGUCAGUACCUCAUGAAGGCUGACUGCCUUUGCUUUUGAGAUAGACAUUUGAGCAGACCGACUCUGGAAAGUGUUUCUGUGGCUGUGGUCUGUCCUGGAAAUAUGUCAUGAAAUGCGUUAACUAUUUUUAAAAUACCUACUUCUCUGAAGAGGACUGCUGGGUUUCUCAGGCUGGGCCCUCCUGACGAUGGUUUACUGACUAGAAGGAAGGCUCCGGGUUGAGGGCAGCAGUACUUACCUAACUGGGAUUUCUCUUGCUGGCGUCAGAGUAGCUGGCCCAGCUCUUAGCUUCUUCUAAGGGUUAUGUUCUCACUCCUCUGAGGUGAGGGCCCCAUCUAGCAUUGUAGUUACACAGUUGAUCUUAACCAAGCUUUAGGAACUCAUCACCCAAAAUCACAAGUGAUCCUAGCCACAGAUGUGACAACUGGAGUCUGAAGCCAUUUGUGUGUGUGGAGGGGGACAGGAAAGGGUGCUCUACUAGUUGUGAGAGUGACGCAGAUUGCCUCAUAAUUGUCUUGACUGUAUCAUGAAACAAAAGUCCACCGUGGAUUGCAAGCUUCAGAAAGAAUCAAACAUUUUUCCUAGCCAGCCAAGGCAUCUGUUUCCUUACUUUGGAAUAAUAUUUAUGUUGAAUUGUAAGCCCACAGUUGUAGGCUCAGUGACUUCACAUGUAACAUUGGUACUGGUCUAAGCCACCUGCUAUCCAGUAGAUACCUUUUUGCUACAGUGUUUAAGGGAACCCCUGUAGAGAUUCAACAGAGCAGUGAGAGAGGAGAGAGCAUAGCCGGCAGGGUAGUGAGUGGCAUGCAGAUCCAUAUUCUAGCCCACCACACAGUGCCCACAGCUCAGGGGUGCUGAGCCAGCAGAAAUGAUUUCUUCAGCAAAUGUACACCAGCUGUCAUCACUGACGUAUGACAAAACCAGACUGAUGAUCCCUGGUAUUUCAAGUUGAGUAUGAGUUGAACUGGAAAAUUCUCUGAGGCAUAACUUGUUAGCCAAUUUGAGGGGUAUGAAAAUCAGCACCAGAAAUCAGUGUGCGCACGUGUGUGUGUGUGUGUGUGUGUGUGUGUGUGUGUGUGUGUGUGUGUGUGUGUGUGUGAGAGAGAGAGAGAGAGAGAGAGCUUUAGACGAGUUCUGUGAUUUAAAAAAUUAUAAUAAAGUAUCAUUUUUAUCAGAAA